UGGAAAUCAUUCGUUCAAAACAUUAAACAAUUCAGAUGGGCUUGAGGCCGUGAGGCGACGAGACGUUUGUCGCAGUCGUGCCGCGACUAUUGUGCGUUCGCAGAAUCUUUAAAUUCGAGAAUUUGUUUCGCUUGUACAUUCGUGAAUAUAAAUUAUAUGUUUCAAUUGAAAUUAUAAUUAUAUUACGUAUAAGUGAAUUACAUAAAUGCUAAAGUUGUGUUUUUGUUUGAUGUCGGGCUUGGAGCUUACUCGCAGCCAAGGGAAUUAUUAACAGCUGUUGGAGCAAAGUAUGCUUCAUAUUUUGGCUGCAUCACAGUUCCCAGCGGGCUAUGGGGCGGCUGUCGACUUCUGUCUGACGUGCAUCACAUGCUGGAAGCUGAGUUAGAAGAUAAGUCUUAACUGAUAACAAGUAUAAAGUGAUAACAUUCGCUCACAACACAUCGGCUGGUACGAACGUUUGUCGCGUGUGAAAUGUGCGUUAUUAUGAAGUUUGUGGACAUGUGGUCUGUGUUCCUCCUGAUCGGCUUCGUCGGAGGCCAGUCUCCGAGCAGCGAGCUGGAGGCUGUUAGAUACGGACCCUCGGAGGAGAGGAUCGCCAGUGACACCUUCACCGUAGCUGACAUUAAUAUAACGUAUAAGGACGAGCACGGGGUGUACUACACGGAAACAUCUGAGUCGGGUAAAUACGGCGAGGGUUUCAUCGGUUCAUCCCGCGGGAUGGCGGUGCAUGUACGCGCCAAGGGUCCGGAAGGUGAGCGUGAUCACACAGGCUGUACGUGGCCGUUGUUGUCCGUGGCCGCGCCCACGGAGCCACUGCCCACGGAGCCCUGGAUAGCCGUCAUCCGCCGCGGCAACUGCAACUUUGAGAUUAAGGUUCAGAAUGCCUGGCGGGCGAACGCCUCGGCCGUGCUCAUUUACAACGACAGAGAGACCACUGUGUUGGAAAAGAUGAAACUAUCCGUGAAUAAUGGACGCAACAUUAGUGCGGUUUUCACAUACAAAUGGAAAGGCGAGGAGAUAACCCGCCUGGUGGAUAACGGAACACGCGUCGUGAUAGCUAUCAUCAAGGGACGGACCCUAACCCACAUCAACAGUAACAUCAACAACGUGAGCGAGACGAGUACUAUAUCCUCGACAUCAGUCCUAUUCGUGUCGAUAUCCUUCAUAGUGCUGAUGGUUAUAUCUUUCGCUUGGCUCGUCUUCUACUACAUACAGCGCUUCAGAUACAUACACGCCAAGGAUAGACUGUCGAAGCGGCUCUGUUGUGCUGCUAAGAAAGCUCUCUCCAAAAUACCCGUUAGAAAUCUUAAGGUCGACGAUAGGGAGGUUCAAGGUGACGGUGAAUGCUGCGCGAUCUGCAUCGAACCUUACAAAGUAUCGGAGACAUUAAGAUCGUUACCAUGCAGACAUGACUUCCACAAAAGCUGUAUCGACCCCUGGCUGCUGGAACACCGCACCUGUCCCAUGUGCAAGAUGGAUAUACUAAAAUAUUACGGAUUUGUGUUCACCGGAAGUCAGGAGAGUAUCCUCCAGCUGGAGGCGGAGGACGCUCGCUCCACGCUCAGUCCCGCCACCAACAGACACCCGCUCACACUUUUACAGAACGAGUCGUCGUACGAGGAGGCGGGCAGCGAGCGCAGUAGCCGGGCGGCGUCCCCCGACAGGCUCGUCAGGAACGAGCUGAAUGAAGACAGGUCGUGCGUGUCGUCUCCGUCUCACGGCGACCGCUCGCCCGUUGAGCGCUGCGACUAAUCAUGUGUUCAUACAUUCAAUACUCACACGAGAUGACUUCCAGUGAUGCGUGAUGGAUAUCAAGUGAUAUUUUUAUUAUAGUGACUCUUUACUAGUAACUAGUUUAGAACGCCGCGACUCCGCCUAGUCAACCUCCUUCCGAGAAUUAAAAAAAAAUAUAUAAAAAAAAAAUUGAAAAUGGAAUUCGCUCGUUCAACAUACAGUGAGCCUCGGUUCGGACGGUGGGAUUUUAAAAAUGGAACACAUUGUACGAAACUGUAUGUCAUCCAUCGCUGUCAGAGAACGGGGAAAUGGCGGCGAUGACGUCAUCGUACGACUGCACUUGAAGACGGAAUUAAAUAUGCCAUAAUAGUCUUAAUAUUUUUAGAUCUUUUUGUGCAGUUUCUGUUCGUGUCAUAUCGAGCCAAAAUUCUGCUUUCGUUUGGUUGAUCUCAUGACCGUAUCCUUGACGCUUCAUUUAAAUUCACGUGUGUUCGAUACUAUGGUUGUGGUGGCCCUUUACUUAAUAGCGUUGACCGUCCGUCCAUUGUUAAUUGUUCUUCAUAUAGUAGCCCAUACUAUUCAAUAUGUUUUCCGAGCAUGCUUACAUUUAACUUUUAAAAUAUAUUUAACUGUUUUUUGCGUGUCUAGGCUAGGGCUUAGUGGUCUGCUAGAUGGACGGGUGUGUCGUGUUUGUGUUGUCGGACGAGUAAUGUGCUUUGUAAGUUCAUUUUUCGCGAUAACACGAACACUGGGCUAACAGAAGCCGCUCGUUUCUGCAAUGAUUUCCUUAUAUAGCAUUGUGAGAGAUCGUGACCCACCCGCCUGUGGAGCGACCUUCAAACAACCUGUUAUUCGGUUGCUAGGAACAGCGGUAGACUGUAAUUUAAUUCGUGGCUCUAAAUGGUAGUUAAUAAAAUCUAGUCUGAAUUCAACUACGAAUUAUAUCGCUUUGAGACCUAUGUACCUAAAUGUGCCUAAAUUUUUGGUUCUAUUUACACUUUUGACCAAAGUUCACAAUGAAGCGAUGUUAUUCGUUAUAAUUAUUUUUAUAGAGAUAAGUUUUAUAAGUGAGCAUUUAAGUUAUUACUUACGAUACCAUUUAAGGUACUUAUUAUAUAUAUUAACAAGGAGACUGGUAUGUACUUUAUAUUCAGAUAUCGUUUAAAAAUAUAUUUACAUUCCCUUCAUGAAAAUGUUCUUAACAGUACCCGAGAGUGUACAUCUUGUCGGUGGCGUGCACAACGACCGUGAAAAUAGUAACUGAAAAUAGUUUGUUAAAAUUCUAAUCACAUCAAUUUACGUAAAACCUCAUGGCGUAUUCAAAAACAUAUUUGUAUGUGUGAAACCCUAGACGUGUUGAGUUUGUAACUCAGUAUUUCUAUACCCGAUUCAUUUAAGAAGUCAUCUAAACUGCUACUGUACUGUUGUGUAAGGGGACUUUUUAUUUCGGUCGGUUUACCUUUUAAAGUUUUUUGUUCCGCUAGUAUGUCGUGAUCAUUUUUCUAAGCGCUAGUAAAUAAAUUGUUAAUUUAUAAUUAGUGAUAUUAUUAAAGAAUUCUGAAAAAUUGUGUCAGCGACCAUAUUGUAUUAAUUUUUACUCUGUGCUGGUGACGUGUCUAAAUUGAAUGCAGCCAUACAUUUCGUGUGUGACCCCAGACCUGUGCACGCCCUACAUCUUGUGUUGAAUUAAAAACCAAUACAGUAUUUA